CCAACGAUCCGACACCAAUCAAACUCUGCCUAUCUUCGUGCAAUUGAUAUUUUGAUGGCUGAUGGCUGAAUCAUCAUCAGUGAUGGCUUGCCUCUUUUCUUCAGCCGAAAGCGAAGCCUUUUAGUAGUAGAGCUGGGAUCAAAUCAAAGAACAUUGCCUUUGCCAGUUGGAUGAUGGCCAGUAUCUUUUAUCUACUUUGGUAGUCAAGGCAAAGACAUCGAUCCAGCAAUCUGGUGGUUUUGAAAGUCCUCAAGCUCCCAUUGUUUCUUUCACAGAACAUACCGUAUCCCGGCAUUACCAACACACAGACAUACGACAAUGAUGAGUAGGAAACCUGAAACUGUUGUUAUGGCUGUCGUGGCCCUCUUGCUGUUGGCAGCAGGUCAAGUGACAAGCUUUGUGCCAUCAAAUACUCCCACGAAAAGCUACGCUCCGAGGUUGGCCAAGCUGACUCGAGUUGCCGGUGUCAAGUUGAACGACGACUGGAAUCAUCUUGAUCCAUUCCACUUGGACACCACGGCAUCUGACGAAGAAGAGGUACCACUGGCGUCUUCUCAGUUGGUGGAAGCGGAAACCGACAAUAAUGAUUCCGAAGAAAUAAGCAUCUGGGCUGCCAGGGGUAUCCUCCUGGUUGUAGCGAUGAUUUGGGCUACCAACUUUCCGGCCGUCAAGUACCUGGAAACACUCUGCUUCCAUCCUCCGUGCAAUCAUCCUCCCUCCGAGUUUGCAUUUGCUCGAUUUGGAGUCGCUGCUGUGGUCGGUCUGCCACUCUUGUACAAACAACGGCCGGAUGUCAUUAUGGCUGGCUUUGAAUGCGGCCUCUUUAUUACCUUGGGAUACAUUUCACAAGCUGUGGCAUUGUCCUCGAUAUCGGCUGGAAAAUGCGCCUUCAUCUGCAGUUUGACAGUCGUUGUGGUCCCCAUUCUAUCGGCUCUUUUGGAAGGAAAACCCAUCAAGCCCAUGAACCUGGUGGCGGCCGCCAUGGCGUUGUGUGGGGUCGGGUUGUUGGAAGGAUUGGUCGAUUUCAAUUCGCUCUUGGGGAUUGCCCCGGCCGUGGCAGACACUACUUCUACGGUUGCUAUAGAGGGCAUUGCCUCCUCUUCGUCCCUCGAGUCGGUCAAUAAUGUCGCUGCUGUGGCCAGUGGAGGAGCAUUGGCAUCUGUGGCACAGACUCUGGGAGUCAGCAAGGGAGAUAUCAUUGCACUGGGACAGCCCCUGGGUUUUGGAUACACCUUUAUGAGGAUUGAACAUUACGUCGAAAAAUUCAAGGACGUGGAAAACCGUGUCCUGACCAUCUCGGCGGCACAAUGCGUGGCUGUGGGUUUUAUGAGUUUGCUUUGGGUGCUCUACGACUACCAUGGUGUUAUCCCCAAUAUGGAGUACCUGAUCGAGCCACACCGCAUUGCCACCAUUGCCUGGACGGGAAUCGUGACUACCGUCUUUGCCAUUUAUCUCGAAGGGGUUGCCCUCCAAACGGCAUCUGCCACCGAUGCCGCCUUGACAUUUUCCAGCGAGCCAGUGUGGGCAUCACUUUUUGCCAUGAUUUUGUUACACGAAAAAUUGAAUUUGAAUGCGUACAUUGGAGGUGCCGUCAUUUUGAUUGCCUGUGUUACCGGUGCCCUUUCCGACAUUCCUGUACCCACCAAAAAUAAUGACGGGGAGCAAGUCUUCCAGCUAGAAGAAGGAAAAGACGAAUAACCAUUAUUUUGAUGAAUGAAUGAAAUGGCUGCACAAGGCGACAGAGAUGAUUGCUUUUACCGUUCAAUCAGCAGUGCCGCCUGGUCUUUUUCGCGACAAUCAACAGCUAUUCUUCACCUUGGACGCUCAUCAUGUUUUGCAUCCGUUUUAAUUAUGAUGUUGGGUGGCUAUUGAGUCAUUGAGUCUCCUUGCGUCGACUACCCCACUAUACUUAUUUGCAUAAAUAUAUCGUCAAGCUAUUGGCUACUAUGAUAGAGGCAUCUUGCUUUCAUAAGCAAACUAGUGCGUGUUCGCUACAUGCAGCAGCUAGCUAGCACUUCGAAAGUUGACCC